CGCCCUAUUUGCCAAUCCGAUGCGCGACAGAAGCCCUCGCUGUCACACGAAAUGGAAUCAUAGACUGUAUGAAUGUAUUGAUAACUCGCUCGCGGGUGUAAAUCCGGUGUUUGCUUUUGUUCAUAUUGAUCUGGACGUGAGGCACUUCUAUUUGUUCGCUCUGUUUGGGAGACAACUGCUCGACAAUUCUUGUCUUACCUUUGGAAUUCCGGGCGAUUUUGAGGAGGCGCAGUCUGCCAGAAAUUACGCACCGGACAACAUGAUUUUGAAACAUUUGGAUUUUCUCUUGGUUCUACGAUACUUUAUUCAUUUGGUCGCGUUAGAGGUUGCAGCUGAGCAAGCUCUCCCUGAGCCGCUCAACCUGUCAUUGACGUGGGAGUCUGAAUUCCGUAUAAAGCUGUCGUGGAACGCACCAAAUAAUUUAGAUGCAUCAUGCAAGGUGAACUACAUGGUCACUACAACGAUCGGAGAGGAGAACCCCAUAUUAAUUUCAACUUUCAGCUUGUAUAAAGAGUACAUUGUCACUACGAAUGAUGCAGUGAAUUACACAGUGAAAACAAACCCCAACGAAUGUACAGGCAGAACCAUAAGCAAACCUGUCAGCAUCUGUAAACCUAAACCCCCAGAGUUGGUGAAGAACUUCCAGUGUUCCCUCUACUCCUCUAAGGCCAUGAACUGCAGCUGGCUCCCAGCCAAUCAGGCCUCAGACCUCCAGCUCUACUAUGGGUACCUUGGUCCCUCCCACAUAGCAGCAUGCAGUGAGUACCAGUACAGAGAUGGUCAGAGGACAGGAUGUCACCUGAGAGGAUCCUUCCUUCAAUAUGACGUCUACUUCAAGGUCAAUGGGACUCUCGAUGGCUUAUCUGUACAGAAUAACUUCCUGGUGCUUCCUAAAUAUCAUGUCAAGGCCCCGGCUCCUAAGGUGAAGAUAACAGAGACAGGAAGGAAUCUCAUCCUGAGCUGGGACCCUCCGGACAUAGGCGCUGGCCACUGCUGGAGUUACAUCUUUAACUACAGCAAGUGUCAACUGCUCGUGGAUAGUAAAGAAAUACAAUUGAAACAUGUGAAGGUUUCAUAUGACCAGAGAUGCCAGUACAGAGUCCAGCUUAAAGCAGUCUAUACGAAAUGGUGUGGGGAGGGAGGCAGCGACUGGAGCGAAGAGGAAAUCUAUGGUGUGGAUGAUUGGUCGAUGACUGUGUUUGCUGUCGUCAUUCCAGCUGUAGUCUUCUUAUUCCUCAUCCUUUUAAUUAGUUGUUUUAUGAAGCACAGAGAGAAGGUUUUCCCCACGAUUCCACAUCCCUCACUGGUUUUCAAGGACAUGCUGAACAGCAAUAAGGGACUGAAGAGCUCCAUAGGCAAUCUCUAUGUCCCGGAUGAGGAGGAGGUGGAAUGUAAGAUCAGCCUAGAGAAAGACUAUACUCUUCCCAUGAUGCAGCCUGAUCACUGAGAGACUACACACUGACCCAGUAGUGAUUACGACUGUACAGACAGAUACAGCAACAACCUGACCCGGUAUGACCUGGGAGCCAAGUGACUUCAGUGUCAUUGACCGGCCCUCAAAGUAAGCUAUCUUAAGGUGGACCCUAACUGUACUGCUGAAGAGUGUCAGGAGUUGGAGCUCCACAGUCGAUGGACGACCUUAACGAGUUGGAUACAGACUGAGAGUAUGUGGACUAUGGACUAUGGAGACGCCUUUUCUUUUGUUUGCCCUGGAACUGUCAGGACUUAUCGACUCACUGACUCCUGUAUUGUUCUGGAUUGUGUGUGUGUGUGUGUGUGUGUGUGUGUGUGUGUAGGCAGAUACUAAGAACUGUUCUCAUGUACCCCUUGCAACCCAAGGCUCGGGGUCUUAGGUCAAAUGUCAGAGGUUAUCAGAAAGCCAGUGCAGGAAACGAGGGGCUGGACUCCUAAAUCUCACUCCCCGACCAAAUAGGACAUUGGUGGGCAGUGCCCGAAGAGAUGUGCAGGCAGCACCACAGUCUUUAUCUGACUGAUCAACCCGGUUGAUCAUGUAAUUAUUUAGGGGACAAAGAGGUACUUGAAGCUGUGAACCUCUGUGAAAUGAGUGCACUACCUGUGCCAUAAAAGGCCAGACCUCUAGGGAGGGACUUUAGGGCAUUGACAUACAGGUAGUUGUGUCCCAAAUGGCUCCCUAUUCACUACAUGUAUGGUGUGUUACUUUUGUCCAGGGCCCAUAGGGCUCUGGUCAAAAGUAGUGCACUAUGUAGGGAACAGAGUGCCAUUUGGGAUGCCGUAUGCCUAUCAAGGGCUAUAUGCUGCUAAUGUGAGCUAAAUUGUUGUGUCUCUAUUGUUAUCAACCUGAAUUGCUAUGUGUAAAUAGGUUGUGCAGGUGUAUCUAUAGUAUGUACAAAUGUUGGUGAAAUAUAUAUUUAGAGUUUUGUGUGUUAAGGAAAUGUUUUGUGCAACACGUAUUUUUAUUUAUUUAUUUUUUUAAAUUUCACAUGCUGUCUUAUGGAACCUUAUUCUUCUGCAUGAAUGAUUAAUUGAUAUCACCACACACACUCACUCAUUGAGUAUCAUUCACAUCACACCUCCAUACAUGCAGAGACUCUUCCUUGAUAAGAUCGCCAAGUCCUUUUUAACAACCUGAAAGGAGAAACGUACUUUGUAGAGGACCUGCUGAACAGCUUAAACCUGUUAUCUGGUCUGUUCCGAACUAGAGAUAAGUGUAACAUGCUCACAGACGAACCAAUGGCCAUGUCAAGCAAGGCCUCGUGUACCUGCUAAUCUAUGAUGAGAAUCAAUCCAGAGUGUAGGUGUUGAGAGAAUAAAUCCAUCAACAAAUAA